CUCUACUAGUGCUAGUGGAGAGAGUGUGUCUAAUAGUUACCUGUAUCAGUUGCGGGGAAAGACGGCGGAAAUGCCCCCCUAUUCCACUUGUAUGACACUGUACGGACUACAGUACACAACAUACGCAGUUUUAAUAAUAAUAGCGAGUUCCUGAUCCAUGUAGGAUAUAAGCAGCAGAUCGGCCUUUUAAUCACAUCUACGCCAAAACAAACGGUUGUGUACUCCGCACUCUAACAGUCUUUGCUUAUAUCAUUCAGUUCUCCUUGAUAAACAUAACUCCUCCGACCGAAAAUGAAGCCCUUCACAGAAGAGGAAACGAUCAAGCAUCAAGCGACGCUCAACGAAACAAUUGCUCAACCGCUCCCUCGACAGACUCCUUUGCCCACUGUACCGCAGGAUGAUGUUGAGACAUAUGAAGUGGUCAUUGCUGGUGCGGGGCCAGCGGGCCUUCUCCUAAACCUUCUACUCGCACGCUACGGGCUUCCAGACUCUUCCCGCUUAUGUAUUGACUCGAGUCCAUCGGCACUCAAAGUUGGACAUGCGGAUGCGAUGAUGCAACGGACUUUGGAAGUCUUUAGGAGCUUAGAUAUAGCUGAUGAGAUCUGGAAUCAGGGGCUGCGUGCCUACGAAUUCACCAGGUGGAUUAAGGAUCCCAGCGCUCCCACGGGCUUCAUUCGGCAGUUCUCGCAAUACACCAGCCAGAUCAAGGGGCGGUAUAAACCGGCUAUGCUGUUGAUAUCACAGGGGAGGAUUGAACGAAUUCUCCAUGAUAAUCUCAAAAAAUAUUCAAAAAGGGGGGUCGUUUGGAACUGCCGGAUUGUGGAUGUCCAGAUUGAAAAUGGUGUAGAGUCUGAUUUUCCAGUGAAGGCAACCCUUGAGCUGAAUGGCGAGAAACGCAAAGUUAGAACAAAGUAUCUAAUUGGAGCAGACGGGGCUCAUUCUGUCGUAAGACAAUCGAUUGGCAUAAACCAAACCGGAGGCUCGAUUGGCGAUAUUUGGGGUGCUAUUGAUAUGGUGGUUGACACCGAUUUCCCGGAUAUUCGAAGACCUGUUCAUCUAACGUCUACCAACCGCAUUGUUUCGAUAAUUCCCCGCGAAAGGAAGAAUGAUGGAGAAUACCUAACCCGGAUAUACGUGCCAUUUGCUGACGAUGAUCCUAUCGAGCCGGGCAGCUCUGCGCCUGUGGUGAACACCGAGGAAUCCCAGCGUGCAAGAAGAGCCAAGGUUACUCCGGAGCUCAUUUUGCAACGCACAAGAGACUUAUUCCAUCCAUAUUAUAUCCGGCCUAAGCAGGACAUUGAGUGGUGGACAGCAUAUCAAGUGGGGAGGCGGGUAGCCGAACGUCUCGUCGAGAAAGACAAGGCUGGAAAUUCACGCGUUUUCCUUGUAGGAGAUGCAUGUCAUACCCACUCUCCAGCUAUGGGACAAGGGAUGAAUGUUGCCCUAAUGGACAGCUACGAUCUAUCUUGGAAGCUCAUGUACGCAAUCAACGGAUUGACUCCAGAGCCGGAAAAGCUUCUAGAUACAUUUUCCCACGACCGCCUGAAAAAUGCCAAGAAGCUUGUCGAUUAUGACCGCGACUGGUAUGAAGGCCGGUACAUGAUUGAAUCAGAGGACAGUGUCAAGGCGGAUAAUUUUCUAGAACUGGAGUUGCUUGCUUUCAUGGUUGGUGCCAUUGAAUAUGAUGAAGGAUUCCUAGUUGACGAGAAGACCGGGACCUCGGACGGGCCGAUAAACAGUUCCAACUUCUUAAAUGGAGUUUUGAGGGAGGGACGCCGGCUCGGAGAUGGGAUUAUUACGAGGUUUGCAGAUGGUGAUAUCAGACAUUCACAGGACGAGUUUCCCUCAGACGGACGCUUCCGCAUACUUGUCUUUGCAUCCGACGAUCUUCUCAAAAAUCCCGACGGGAACUCUGCAUCUUCGCUUAACGAAAUCUGUCAAGAAAUACUGCCCUCGUUUGUUCCAAAAACGGUAGAGCUAGUGGUUUUCGUGCCGUUUAACUCCUUUUCUUUUGAAUGGGCAGAUAUUCCGCCAGCUGUCAAACGGGAAGCUGAAAUGCGUCUGCAUUAUCUUGAUCCAGAAGGAUAUUCCGCCUAUGGCGUUGACAUGAAGUUGGGUGCAGUCACUGUGGUUCGGCCAGACGGGUAUGUGGGAACCAUUGCGAGGCUGGACGACACGCAAAAGAUCGAUAGCUAUUUGAAGAGAUUUAGUUACCCGAUUCGGAACUUAUUAAUUAACCCUAAUGAAUUGUUUUGCGACCUCAGCGUCAAUUCAAACCAACAUUCAAUCUGUCCGGCUGGGACUGCCAUUACCAUACCAAGUCAUGUCAUGUUAAUUGGUGAAGGGAGUCGGAUUAUUUGGUUCAUAGGCCGAAAUUCCAAAAAUGAAGUCGGUGUCCGAGCCAGCCAGCCAUUGCUCGGAGAACCAACCGAAACUCUGCAGGAUCGGCAUUUCCAGUCUGGCCAGAGGAAUGGCGAGAAUGAAACAACUCCCUUAAUCAGACAAAACAUUACCUCUAAUGGGAAGUUAACGGGCACGAGCAAUGGCUGUGAACCAAAAAGUUUCCUUAAAGCGAGCGUCUGUGCCGACGACGACAACAUACACGACACCCACUUCAUCGACAUUACUCCCUCCAAGUUCUGGGUGAUAUUCGGAAGCCUCCUGCUCUCUAUCGUUCUAUCCUUUUUUGACGGCUCUCUUUUAGAAUCCAUCCAUCCCGUCAUCUCGUCGCAUUUCCAUGUUGCGAACUCAGCAUCCUGGCUAUCUACGGGGUUCCUCUUAACCUGUACGGUGUUUCAACCGAUCAUUGGUCAGAUAUCCGAUAUAUUUGGCAGACGCGUUCCUUACCUUGUUUCCAUUACGAUAUUCUUCAUAUCCACGGCCUGGUGCGGGACAGCAUGGAGUUUCAGCAGCUUCCUUUGCGCACGACUACUUUGCGGUGUUGGUGCGAGCGGAAUCAUCGCUCUGGGGUCCAUUAUCUGUUCGGAUUUGAUCUAUAUUGAGCACAGAGGGAUGUACCAGUCUUACCUCAGUCUUGCGUACGGCCUUGGGAACUGCCUUGGACUGGCAUUCGGGGGGUUGAUAGUUGAUACCCUCGGCUGGAGAGCAGCGUUUGGAAUACAACUACCUUUGCUCUGUGUACUGUUCGCCGCGGCAUAUUUUACGUUGCCUUCAAACCUGGGUCCCCAGUUAGCACGCGAACGCAACAUUAACAUCCGACAAGCACUUGGAACGAUAGACAUUGCUGGUUCCUUUUGCCUUGUCCUUGGUGUCACAGCCCUGAUGCUGGGACUAAAUUUAGGCGGCAAUGUUUUCCCCUGGAGACAUCCCCUUGUUAUCUCUUCAUUGAUCGUAUUUUGCUUGGUUUCAGUUCCCUUCAUCAAAGUUGAACGCUUGUCCUCCAACCCUGCUAUCCCAUUGCCGCUCCUAUCAAAAGGCCCGCAUGCGAAUUUAAUGCUCGGGAACUUCCUUGCUGGUAUCUCUAUUAACACAAUCUUGUUCAACGCACCUCUUUUCUUUCAGGCAGUCAAGUUGGAGUCACCGACGAGCUCGGGGCUCCGUCUACUUCCCGCAUCUGUUGGGUUAAUGAUUUCCAGCCUCUUAACCGGUAUUCUUAUGGCAAGAACCCGACGACUGAAGCCGAUUCUCCUUCUAGGGGUAUUUUGGCUGAUUGGCAGCUCCACCUGCUCCGGGAUUCUCAGUGUCAAGGCCCCAGAUUGGGUUUCCGUGCUCAUUAUUGCAAUGGCGGCCUUUAGCCAGGGCGCGUUGUAUCCGCCCACCAUGAUGGGAGUACUGUCGACCAGCGCCCAGGAGGACCAGGCUGUUAUCACCACAACUCUUUCCCUACUCCGUUCUCUAGGGUGGGUGAUGGGCGUGGCAGUCAGCAGCUUGAUUUUCCAAAACGCUCUGGGUGCGUUCCUCCGCCAAACUGUUACCGGCCAUGAUAAAGCGGAUAUAAUUCUCCGUGUUCGAAAGUCUAUUAAAGAAAUCGCUCAAUUGGAUACGAUCCAUAAAGCCCAGGUUGUCAGCGCCUAUGAAAUGGCACUUCGUGUAACCUUCUUGUCGAGCGUACUCUGGGGGGUCCUUGUACUUGCGCUCACCGUUCCCGUCAAAUUACCCCGACUGGGACACAAAAAGUGA